UCAUCCUAAACACCGAGCUUCUCAAACAAAUGAAGAACACCCCCUUCUAACUUUCUUCAUCCUAAACAAACACCGAACCCUUGGCUGGCACGCAUCAAAUCCUCCAACCGUCACUCCAUGAGAUCUAGACACAGCAGGGAGAAAUAACCAAAACAAGAUGACAAGACGAUCUGGGUCUUGUUUCAGGUGUUGUCUGGUCGUUUUGGCAGUGAUUUCAGCAUUGUGUGUAUCCGGACCAGCUCUUUAUUGGAAGCUCAAAAGGGAACCCACUUCUUCCAUCUCUUGUACUCCCUGCAUCUGUGAUAGUCCCCCUCCUCUCUCCCUUAUUAAGCUUGCUCCUGGCUUGGUCAACCUUUCUGUAACAGAUUGUGGGAAAGAUGAUCCGGAUCUCAAAGAAGAAAUGGAGAAGCAAUUUGUGGAUUUACUAUCAUCAGAACUAAAGUUACAGAAAACAGUCGGUGAAGAACACAUUCGCCAUAUGAAUAUCACAUUUGGUGAAGCAAGAAGGGUGGCUUCACAGUAUCAAAAAGAGGCUGAGAAAUGCAACACUGCCACUGAAACAUGUGAGCAAGCAAGAGAGCAAGCCGAGGCUUUAACGAGACAAGAAAAAAAGAUGACGUCUUUAUGGGAGCGGCGCGCUCGUGAACUUGGUUGGGAAGGAGAAUAAAACAGUAUUAUCAAACUAUCAUUAUUCUUGUUUCCUAUAUGUAUGUUAGUAUAGUCGUCGUCGUUUCCUCGUUAUAUUAUGUAAUAUAACAUAGUCACUUUCUAAUUACACGCGAUUAAAUAACAAGAAAUAGUCAUCACAGAAAGGGUAUUAAAGAAAAAAUAAUAUACUCUUUGUCAUCA